UCCGCGCCGCUUCUACUUCCGCUUCCAAAAGAACCGCCACCCCCGCCCUCUCUCUUUCUCUCCUUUUCACUCUCUCUCUUCUCUUCUGCUGCUGCGUAGUUGCAAUGGGUUAUUCCAGCAGAGAGCCCAGUUGGUGGCUGCUUGCUCUUCCUGUUUCCCUCGCAGCCUCCCCGCUACCACUUCCUUCUUCUUUCGUCGCCCUCGCUCUCUGCCUCUUGUUCGUCGCCCUCCUUCCCCAUGGAGGCCUCGCUUGGAUUCUCUGCCGCCCUCCCCUCCUCCGUGGCCCCGCCGGCCUUCCACUCCUCGGCUGCCUCCCUGCCAUGGCAUCUGCCACCCCCCACCGCUGGCUCUCGGCUGCCGCGCGCUCACUCUCCGCACUCGACCUUAUGCCCCUCAGCCUCGGCCUCACCCGCGUCGUCAUCUGCAGUUCGCCGGACACCGCCAAGGACAUUCUCUGCAGCCACGCAUUCGCCGACAGGCCGGUAAAGGAGUCCGCUUACGAGCUCCUCUUCCACCGGGCCAUGGGUUUCGCUCCCUACGGUGACUAUUGGCGCAAACUCCGCCGAGUUGCCGCGUCGCACCUCUUCAGUCGGCGGAGGAUGGACGCCGCCGCCGGAACGCGCCGGGCCGUCGGCGAGAAGAUGGUAGCGCAAAUUCUGGCCUCAAUGGAGACAAGCGGCGUGGUGAAGGUGAAGAGGAUCCUGCACCUGGGGUCUCUGAACCACGUCAUGGAGAUGGUCUUCGGUCGUUCGUACGACUUCUCCGCCGACGGGGCCCAGCUGGCGGAGAUGGUCAGAGAAGGGUAUGAGCUGCUGGGAGUGCUGAACUGGGGAGACCACCUUCCCUUCCUGAGGUGCCUGGACCUUCAAAGGGUGAGGCGGCGCUGCCGGAACUUGGUUUCUCGGGUAAACGCAUUCGUCGGAAAGAUCAUAGAGGAGCACAGAGAGAAGAAGAUAAUGGCGGAAAAUGGUGGUGGCAAUGAUGGUGAUUUUGUGGACGCACUGCUCAGUUUGGAAGGAGAGAAUAAGCUUGAAGAUUCUGAUAUGAUAGCGGUUCUUUGGGAGAUGAUCUUCCGUGGUACCGAUACAGUGGCCAUCCUCCUCGAGUGGAUCCUGGCUCGAAUGGUGCUGCACCCUGAUGUACAGAGACGAGCCCAGUCGGAGAUAGACUCGGUGGUUGGCUCGGCCAGCGGGGUGGAGGACUCGGACCUCCCUAAGCUCACUUACCUCCAAGCCAUUGUCAAGGAAGGACUCAGGAUGCACCCUCCUGGUCCGCUCCUCUCCUGGGCCAGGCUGGCCAUUCACGACGUCGACGUCGGCGGCCACCGGAUUCCGGCCGGCACGACGGCCAUGGUGAACAUGUGGGCAAUCACCCACGACGAGACAAUCUGGGAGAGGCCUAAGGAAUUCGACCCCCAGAGGUUCAUGGUCGGCGAGGAAGUAAGCGUUCUAGGCUCUGAUCUGAGGUUGGCUCCCUUCGGAGCAGGCCGGCGGGUCUGUCCAGGGAAGGCCAUGGGACUGGCCAGCGUUCAGCUCUGGCUAGCUCAACUGCUUCAGAACUUCGAGUGGCUCCCGGCGUCGGCCGCCGGGCUAUCGCCGGAGGCCGUCGAUCUCGGAGAACGGCUGCGCAUGUCAUUGGAGAUGGAGAAUCCUCUGGUUUGUAGGGCGAAACCCAGGAGGACUGCUGCCGUAGGUGGUGUCUCUGCUUAAUCUGAGAGCGUUAAAAAAUGGUGGCCUGCUUUUUUGUUCUCUUCCCCUCAUGGAAGUGACAGGAGAGAUGGCUCCUCUUGAUUUUGCUGCGAAUAGAGUCGAUAGACAGUUUUCUCUUUUUCUUCUUUUUCCAGCUUACUCGGCUCUGCUUUUGAAUUUUCUACUUCUCUGUAAAUAAUGCUUGCUGUAGUAGCCAUUUGUGAGGGCUAGCUGGUAGGGUUUUGUCUCCCUCCGAGGGGCUGCUUCUGAUGUCUGUUGUGGUAUGGUUUUCCUCUGUAUACCUCUAUGCACAAAAUCUAUAAAUAUAUGUUAGUUGUCAUGGUUUGCACUAA